AUGGUGGUCAGCUUCGGGCUUGCUUUUGUAACGAUCCUCACUGUGCUCGUGUGGCUCCGGCAUCUUGCUUCGGAUAUCAGAAUCAGGAAACUCGGCGGUGUGAGGGCACCGAUCCUGGCGGGGAACUUGCUAUCAGCUUCCAAGUUAUACUACGAGAUUGGUAGGAAUCAAUACAAUAACAACCUUGUCGCUUGGUGUACAGCGCAGCUGGAUAACCUGCCCCCCGGAAAGAGAACAUUUGCCGAGUUCAGCUUGACCGGAUCCAAGAGGGUCCUCAUCACAAGGGAUCCGGAGCAGAUCAAGGCGAUUUUAGCCACGAAUAUCUCCAGCUUCGGCCAUGGGCCCAUGUGGCAUAAGCUAUGGCGCCCCUUUCUGGGAGACGGCAUCUUUGCUGUAGACGGACAGCUUUGGCACGACAGCCGCGCCAUGAUCAAGCCCAUGUUUGUCAGGGACAGGCUGCGCAAUCUCGCCAUUUUUGAUGCCUGCACCAACAAGCUGCUAUCAAAGAUUCCCUCUGCGGGAGUCACUGUCGACCUUAAGGACCUCUUCUACCGUUGGUCGAUGGACACGACGACGGAAUUUCUGCUUGGGGAGAAUGUCAACAGCUUGGAUUUCCCCGACAACGACGUCUUGAAUGCCAUGCAUGUUGCACAGCGGAUCCAAAUGUUUAUCUUUGUUCUCAACCCCAUCACGCCGUUGAUCCCAAAAGGUGACUAUCACCGAGCCAUUAGGAAGUUAGAAGAGUUCAUUGAGCCGGCCAUUGCUCGAACCCUGGCCAUCCCUCAAGCUCGACUUGAAGAGCUCUCCAAACUGGACAUGGAAUUUUCAUUUUUGCAUAGCAUCGCACGCUACACCAGGGAUCCCAAAGUCAUCCGAGAUCAAAUCAUGUCCGUACUCCUGGCCGGAAGAGACACCACGGCGGCAACUAUGUCGUGGGCAAUGUACGAGCUGUCCAACUAUCCUAAGCUUUGGGCUAGGUUGCGCAGAGAGGUCCUCAACGAGCUAGGGAGCUAUGGAACGCCAACAUACGAGGCACUCAAAGAUCUAACAUAUGUCAAAAACAUCCUCAACGAGACCCUUCGGCUUCAUCCGGCCGCUCCUCUCAACAUGCGCUCAGUACUGGAGACGACAACCAUCCCGGGCCGACCAGGCGAGCCGGGCGUUGUGCUGCUCAAGGGAGACAGUGUAACGAUAAACACGCUUGGGAUGCACAUGUACGCAGACUUGUACCCUCCUGUGUCUGAUACGUUUGCAGAUCCCAGGAUAUUCAGCCCCGAGAGAUGGGAGCACUGGACGCCCAAGCCCUGGACGUAUGCUCCGUUUUCUGGCGGGCCAAGGAUAUGCGCCGGGCAGAACUUUGCUCUGACGGAAAUGGCGUUUUGCUUGGUCCGCCUGGCUCAGCGAUUCGAGAGCAUCGAGUAUCGUGGUGAUUGGGCGGCUCAGAGGCUGCGGGCAGACAUCAUCGGGACGCCAGCAUUGGGAGUUCACGUGGCUUUGUAUGAGCCCGGUGAGAGGCCAGAUUUGCGGUUCAAACAUUAA